UAAGCAAUUCCUUUUAGUUGUAAUCAAGUUAGAAGGAGUAUUAAUAUAUCUAGUUAGCUGGAAAAUAAUGAAGAAGAUUAUCUUUUUACUUGUUUUAUCAUUUAUUUCAUCUACAUUUAGCCAUGUUGCUGAACAUGAAUUCACUCCUACGUUGCUUGCCAUAUACCAAGAUUGGCAAAGAAGAUGUCGAAUGUAUACUGGUACCACUGAAGAACUGAUCAAACAAACCCAGGAAGGAAUGUUCCCAGAUGAUGAAACCAUUAAGAGAUACACCGAUUGCCUUUGGACUCAUCACGAUUUUUUGAUUGGUCCUGAUAAAAUUGUAGAUACCAGAAAACUGCGAUAUUUCUUGCCGGAUGGAUCGGAAGCUAUUUUAGAAGCGAUUAGAAAUUGUAACUUAGAUCUGUUGAAUGCGGGAGAAACGAAUUUGACGGAAUUGAUUUGGAAGAUGCACAAAUGUUAUCACGACAAAAUCGAUCCAUCCCUCUAUUAUUUCUACUGAUGGAUCAUGAAGAAGUUAUAUUUAUAUAAAAUAAUGAAGUUGGCGUUUCAAUCUAUUAUAAUGGUUUUAAAUAAAAAUAAUUUGAAUUAA